CCGAAGAUGCCAGAGUUCAUUCGGGAACAUGAGGAUUUGGAUGGUGGCCACAGUACAGGGUUUAAUACUUAGGGCUUGGGACUGGUAGCCCUACUGAAGUCAGGUCGGCCAUAUCUGGUGGUAUUCUAUCUAGGCAACAGGAUCCACUCUCCGUCGUUCGAGUCAUCCUUCGAGGCUGGCAGUGUAACUGUCAGUGGUUGGAGCAUCUGAAACCAAUGCUUUUCUCAUUUGUGAGCGGUGGACUUGCCGGACUGAGCCAUUUCGGUGUAUAGGAAUGACAGAGUACAUUUAGUACACCACUCCUCUUUCAACCCUGUAGACGUGGGAAUCCCAUUAGUCUCCCAGCACCUGAUGGUUUCUGAGGUGUACCAGCUCACCUACUUGAAAGCCAGCAUCCGUGGCUUGGUCAUUAUUGGCCAUUUUUUAUUUCACUAUCAUUGCAUCUGUUAAAAGCUUCAUAUACACUCCUGUGUCUACUUAACUGUUGUAUUCAUUUCCCAUUUACAGACAUCCUAACUCUCCCUGACGCCCGCUAAUCCGCCCAGUCCCGGAAUCGGGAGCGAGCAGGAGUGUGCGCUAGAUUACCAAGUGACCGUUGGUGUGUGGAGUGAAUUUGGUGAGACUACAGACUACAGUGAAUAAAAGUGGAGAUAUUUCAUAUUCUUCGCUUUGGUACUGCACGUUGUAGACGGUCCCUAAGCGCUCGCCUCUCCGCCUGCAGCGCAUAGAGAGCAAUGUAUUUCUUGCAGUCUGGAGGACGACUCGUUUUGGCGAAAAUGAGUUUGUAGUCAAUAGUCUACCUUACCACGAUAGGAAAGAGGCAUUUUUUAUGUUUUUAACAAUGUUUAGUUUAUGAGCUAUUGAUCGCUGAAGUUCGAAUCUGCCAAUCUCUUUCUACUUUACCCAAGUGCGCUAGAGUGACAGCGCGUGUGUUUGUGUGACUAUCAAAGCUGCGCGUGUGAGAGCAAACUGUCCUGAUUGGUCUGUGUUGCUGGUUACUCGGCAUGUCUACAUUUAAGUGUGACCUUUGUUACCUCUGACUAAUUCAAAUGAAGUAGGUGGAUUUACGGUGCUUCAGCUUUCACCCCGACACAUAAAGGGAAAGGAGCCUAAACGAGCAACACAUCUCAGUGAAUAGAGCAACAGUCAAACCAUGGAGACCACCACAGAGAGCUCAACCCUUUCUUCAUGGAGUGAAUGUUUUGUGUUAGAACGUGUCCGCAUGUUGAUCCCUGUCGGGUUCAAGGCAGAAAUCAGAGAGUUGUUUAAACUGGCUGGACCAGUGAUGAUAGCCCAGCUCAUGGCUUUGGCUACGGGUUUUGUCAGUACUGUUUUCUGUGGCCAUUUGGGAAGGGUAGAGCUGGCAGGAGUGUCUUUAGCCAUAGCAGUUAUUAAUGUUACAGGUAUAUCUAUUGGCAUUGGUUUAGCGUCAGCGUGUGAUACACUGAUUUCUCAGACCUAUGGGAGCCGCAAUCUCCUGAAAGUUGGGGUCAUUCUGCAGCGGGGGAUCCUCAUAUUGUUACUGGCAUGUUUCCCCUGCUGGGCGGUUCUUAUCAACACAGAGCCCAUCUUGUUGGCGGUCAGACAGGAGCCAGAGGUCGCCAGGUUGUCUCAGAUGUAUGUGAAGAUCUUUAUGCCAGCGCUUCCUGCUACAUUCAUGUAUUCAUUGGAAACAAAAUAUCUGCAAAACCAGGGCAUCAUAUGGCCAGAGGUGAUCACAGGCUUGGUGGUCAAUCUCCUUAAUGCACUCAUGAACUACAUCCUUCUCUUCCACUUAAAUCUGGGAGUAAAAGGUUCUGCUGUUGCCAACACAAUUUCCCAGUUUGCCAUGGCUGGGAUUCUCUAUACUUAUAUCAUAUGGAAAGGUCUUCACAAGGCCACCUGGGGAGGUUGGUCUAAAGCGUGCCUGCAGGAUUGGCGCUCAUUCAUCCACUUGGCCAUCCCCAGCAUGGUCAUGAUGUGUGUUGAGUGGUGGACAUAUGAGAUUGGAGGUUUUCUAGCAGGUCUAAUAAGUGAGGUAGAACUCGGAGCUCAGUCUGUUGUAUACCAAGUAGCCAAUGUUGCUUACAUGUUUCCUCUGGGGAUCGGCGUGGCAGGCAAUGUGAGAGUUGGACAUUCCUUGGGAGCUGGAGAAACAGAGCAGGCCAAGCUGUCUGCUAAAAUGGCAAUAUUCUGUGCAGGGUCAGUCUCUAUAUGUUUGGCAAUUCUGAUUGCGACCUUGAAGGACCAUAUCUCUUAUGUCUUUACAAAUGAUGAACAAAUCAGACAGAGAGUUGCAGAUGUUAUGUCUUUUUAUGCUCCAUUCUUAACCCUUGAUGCAUUAUCAGCUGCAUCAGGAGGCAUUAUAAGAGGAGCAGGUAAACAGAGAGUUGGGGCUGUUGUCAACAUUGUUGGUUUUUAUGGUAUUGGUUUUCCUAUUGGAGUGCCACUGAUGUUUGCAGCCAAAUUAGGAAUCAUGGGUCUGUGGACAGGCUUGUUAACAUGUGUGUUUGUGCAGUGCUCUUUCUUUAUUGUCUACCUGGUGAGGAUGAAUUGGAAGAAAGCCACACUGGAGGCUCAGAUCAGAGCUGGAGUGAGUGGAAGCUCUACAGACAUGGAUUCCCAACCAGAUGAUCUGGGAGACUCAGAGGGCCAAGGAGAUAUGAUGGACCUGGUUGAGACUGAGGUGGAACCAGCAGUGGAAGACGAGCUCCCCUAUACUACUCUGGUUGUGCGUAGGGGUCUGGCUCUUGCUGGCAUGCUGUUCAUCCUGGCUGCUGGAGUCAUUAUUAACCUACUGGUAACCAAGUAGCACAUGCACAUGAGCAAAGUAUGUUGUAUUCAGUGGAAUAGCUUUGAUUUUAAGCCACCAGUGCACAAUGUGAUGCAGAUGUUUGCAUUGCAUGACGUCAACGCAGGACCUGCAGUAGACAGGCACGAGUGCAGAUCAGCAGAAAGCAGAUGGAAGACACACAAAGAGAAAAAGUCAAUGAUCACCGAAUGAAUGCUUAAAGAAUUCAGUCACAAGAUUUCAAAGCAAAUUUACCAAUUUUAUGUACAUGUCCACAUUCUCUUAAAAAGAAAAAAUCAAACUAAAGGGAGUUUGACAUCCUUUGUGCUGUAUUUUUAAAUUAUCAUUAUUAUUAUUAUUUUUUUAAACUAUUUAUUACUUUUUAAUUGAGCUCCAUUCUCUGCCUUGGGUUUUGAAUUUCAUUGUACUCUAUACAAUGACAAUAAAAGGAAUCUAAUGUAAUCUAAUUAAACAGAAACAUUAUGAUUGUCUUGC